AUGGACAAAAAAAAAUUUACAUUUCGCGAACAAAAAUAUCUUCCAGAAACUGAAUAUGAAAAAUCUGGUCAUAAUAUAGAAAAGUUCGAAGAAUACGAUGAAGAUGAAAGCGAGUUCGGUUUUACAAUAAUCGAUAAAGACACCAAAGAGCCUAAACAUUAUGAUUAUAAUAUAUUAUUUGGUUGGGUAGAUGUAGUAGAUGGAAAAAACUUUUAUUAUAAUUAAGAUGGGGAACCAAUAACAAAUAAAGUUCCGGAAGACAUGAAGAAACUAUUAAAGGAUGAUAGAGAAGUUUAAGCUUUAUUAUAAUAAAUGAAUGUUUUAAAUCAAGAAUCUAAUGAGUUUUUCGAAAAAAACCAUUUUAGUAUAUUAAAAUGGGAGACAAAAUAACUUUUAAGUGAAUAAGAUAUAUUAGAUUUAAUAUAUCCUAAAAAUACAAGCGAACAAAAUAAGGAAUGUUUAAAAAGAAUUACUAUUGUAAAUGAACCAGAUAAUGACGGAGAAACAUUCGAAGGAUAUAUUUUAAUUGAUGAUUAGGAAAUCCUUAAUGAUAUAAUAGAAAUUCAUUCUUAAGAUAUUAGACUUUCCCUUGUUUAUAAAUUAGAAAAAAUAUAAGAUAUCAAAACUUUAUUGCCUGAUUAAAAAGCCUUGGCUUUAGAAAUGAUUACUUAAUUAUUGCCUUAAGAAUAGGAUUAAAAAGAAGAAAAUAAUUAUGGAGAUGAUGAUUAAGAUGAAGACUAUUCGGAUGGAGAGGAUGAUGAUGAAAUCGAAGGUGAAUAUAGGAAUGAAAGCUAAUAAUAAUAAUACUUAUAUUAAGAAAAAUAAUGA